GUCUGGAGAGAAAUCCACGUUCCUUGACAGCCCAGGAUAUCCAAAAGAAAAUGGCCAGUAGUACAAGAAACGGUGCAGAAAGAAAUUGGAAUACAUUCAUUUCGCACUUGGAUGGGCUGCUGAAGGACUGUCGUCGGAGAAGGGACACAACAGACAUCGCAGAGGUCAACGUUUUUAUUGAGCGGAUUCUUGUGCUGACGACAAAUGCAACAAAAUUGGAAAGAGCCUGCCGUACUCUCCCGCUCCAUGAUGACUUCCGGGUAGAGGUCUUGCAGAUAGCAAGAGAACUGCGCCUACUGCUCAAGGAAUGGAAUGAUAAACGAGUAAGCAUUCUCACAAGUAACGAAGGAUCACAGCGAGCAAAGGUCGCAGAAACCUUUACACCUGUACCCAGUCUCACAGGAGAUGGACCAGGUCGUCCACGCAAAGACAUUGACCUCGAUGAUGUGUUGCACCACAUAAUCCACCUGGAUUAUACUGUGACUGACUUAUCUGAGAAAUAUAACGUGCAUAGAUCUACCAUCUAUCGCAGAUUAAAAGAAAAUCACAUUGAUCUAAAGAACGAGAGAUACACUACCGGUAACCUUAGUCAGAGUGAUCUGCAAGAGUUGGUCAGAGAGGCGAAAGAUAAUCUUGGAUUCCACCAGAUGGGUCAAAAGGUGAUGCUCGGCUACCUACGUUCUACCGGUGUCAGGGCCAAGAGGGAGGAGGUCCGGGAGGCUUGUCGUGCAGUGGACCCUGUGGGAACGGCCCUGCGCCAUCCCCUGUUUAGGAGCAAGAUCACCAGCCAUGCGGCGUACUCCACACCGCAUGCACAGUACCUAUGGCAUAUAGAUGGUGUGGAAAAGCUUAGCAUGUAUGCAAUCUACUCUACUUCAGUUGUAGAUGGGCACUCCAAGAAGGUUAUGGCAGUCAAUGUUGCAGGGGCCAAGAAACCGCACCACGUGUUUAAAGCUUUCUACACAGCAUUUACUUUAUAUGGGAUUCCAAGCAUGGUACGUGUUGACCAUGGCUAUGAGAACAAGCAUGUUAAAGACUUCAUGGAUGCUUACCACCAGAGAGAAGCAUGCAUUGCUGGCGAAAGCAUAAGAAAUCAACCAGUGGAAAGGUGGCACAUAAAUGAAGAGACGUAUUGCCUGUUCACCUUCCGGGACAUCUUUGAAAGUCUUGAAGAAGAAGGCCAUCUUGACAGGGACAACAGAACAGACCUGAUGCUAUUGCACUAUGCAUUCCUUCCAAGAAUCAACUUCAUCAUGGCUGCAACCAUCAAAACAUGGAACAGCCACAAGAAUAGGAGCCUCAAGCACAAGACACUGGACAGGGUGUGGGAGGACUCUGUCAAUGCAGCUGGUAAUGAAAACAAAACAGCCAUCAAAAACAUCCCACCUCCAAAAUGUUCACAGAAGUAUGAUGUCCAAGUUGACAUGAGUGACUUUGAAAGUCUGUAUGAAAAUGUCAAAGAGGAUGAUCUCACAGACCCAAGGGUCGCAACAAUGCCCGUUGCCUUAAAAGAAUACUUAGAUCAACACCUUCAUGAUCAGGAUAACUAUGAUAAUGACAAUGGAAGAAGUAAGUUCCUCUCAGCAAAGAAUCUAACGAGACAGUGGAUUCAAUCAUUGUAGGUCAACAAUAUUACAGUUUUACAUUUUCUAUGACACCUGACCAUGUUGAUAGAUCAAAAAAACAUUACUCUUAGUAUCUUACCAUAAUAUAUGAAUCCACUUUGUCGUUACCUUCGCCAAGAAGGUUAUGUUUUCAGAGGCGUUUGUGUGUCUGUGUAUUUGUGUGUUUGUAAAGAAGAUAACUUGA